AUGGGAACAGCCGUACCCCGAGGGGACAGCCGCAUGGGGACAGGCGGACAGACCCGGACUGGGCUGAUUCCUGCCCCUGCUGUCCCCAGCUUCUGCAAGGACACCUUUGACAAGAACUACAAGGCCACCAUCGGGGUGGACUUCGAAAUGGAGCGUUUCGAGGUGCUGGGCGUCCCCUUCAGCCUGCAGCUAUGGGACACGGCCGGCCAGGAGCGCUUCAAGUGCAUCGCCUCCACCUACUACCGGGGUGCCCAAGCCAUCGUCAUCGUGUUCGACCUCAACGAUGUGGCCUCCUUGGACCACACACGGCAGUGGCUGGCAGAUGCCCUCAAGGAGAACGACCCAUCCAAUGUCAUCCUCUUCUUGGUGGGCUCCAAGAAGGACCUGAGUACGCCAGCCCAGUACAGCCUCAUGGAGAAGGACGCGCUCAAGGUGGCCCAGGAGAUGCAGGCGGAGUAUUGGGCCGUCUCCUCCCUCACCGGGGAGAACGUGCGGGACUUCUUCUUCCGCGUGGCGGCGCUGACCUUCGAGAGCAGCGUGCUGGCCGAGCUGGAGCGCAGCGGCGCGCGCAGGAUCGCCGACACCGUGCGGCUCAGCGGCCCCGAGAGCGACCUGUACCUGACGGCGCCGCGCAAGAAGCCCAAGUGCUGCCAGUGAGGAGCCGCCCCUGGCGCCC